AUGAAAAGUGAGGAUCUAAUGAGACAAAAUCAAUCUAUUGCCGUUGCCUUUCAUAAGCAAACUGAGAUUGAGAAGAAUGAGCACCGAAUUCGAUUAAAUGUUUCAGUUAAGGCUUCUAGAUUCUUGUUGAAGAAUGCAUUACCGUUUCAUGGUCACGAUGAAUCUGAAAUGUCUAUUUCUAAAAGUAUGUUCUUGGAAGCAUUAAGCUUAAUUGGUGAUUGCAAUGAGGAUGUUGGUAAGGUUAUAUUAAAAAAUGCUCCAAAAAAUAAUCAAACGGUGUCUCGAAGUAUUCAAAAAGAUAUUGCUAGUUGCUUUGCAAAUCAAAUACUCAAAUCAAUUCGUGAAGAAAUUGGUGAUGAUGUGUGUGCAUUGCUAGUUAACGAGUCUAGUGACGUUUUUAAAAAGGAACAAAUGGCGGUGGUUUUGCGAUAUGUUGAUGAACAUGGUAUUGUUAAGGAGAGAUUUUUUGGUAUUGUUCGUGUGACGGGGACAUCUUCUUCAAUCCUUAAAUCUGCCAUUGAUACUUUAUUUGCCAAACAUGGAUCGAGUUUGAAACAGGUAUGA